UACUACUUAAAUUCAAUAGCAGUUUAAUCAAUAAUUUCAUGAGUUAUACGCGAUAAUUUUUCGUCGCCAUACAUCGCUAUGGUUGUGACUUCAAUACUUUUUCUUGUGUAUUUUAUAAGCAGCACACAGUCACUGCUGUCAAACUUGAAGGACUUCUCAAAUUACCACCUUCCGGAAAUCCAUGACGGUCAAAGUUGUAUAAUUGGUCACUUGUACAAAGCAGGAUGCAAUACCUGUAGAUGCGGCUUUAAUAAUGUUCUAAUGUGUACGAAAAUGGCGUGUCUAGAACAGAGAUUUAUUAAAAGCUUAAAAAAACGUCACUGGAGAUCAACUAAUACUAACGAUACAAUCGAAAGGAGUGGCUUACACGGGAGUCUAAAAAAAUUGGUCAAGAUUAACCCAGGAAGUUGUAGUACACCGGGCAAGAUCGUAAAAAAGUUAUGUCAGACGUGUUUCUGCACUUACCUAAAGAGAGAAAUAUGUACGGAUACAUGUCGGGAUACAAUUCGUCUUAAUUCAAAGACGAAACUAAAGAAAUUCCCAUUUAAGCAUCAGGAUAUAGAAGAGUUUCGAGCUCUUAAUAGUCUUUCUGAUAAAUGUGAGCCGGGAAGGAUGUAUCGUAUUGAUUGCAAUGGAUGUCUGUGCCAGGAAUCAAAUAAUUUAGUUUGCGAAGAAAAUCUCUGCUUAUCGAAAAAGGGUCUCAUCAAAAUGGAAGCCAAGAAACUCUCUGGUAAAAAAUGUCAUCAAAACGAAUCGUAUGGCUGUGUCCAAUGCAAUUGCGUGGAUCGAAUCACUGUUUGCAAAGGAAUUCCGCAGUGUGAGGAACGUGAGAAAUUGACUGGUCACGCCGUUAAAAUGCCCUUGGCUUUGAACCCUGAUGAAGAGAAAUGUGUGCCGGGGACUAUGUAUACUGUCCAAUGCAACCAGUGCUAUUGCCAGUUGGAUUCUACUCUCAGAUGUACCCAAAAGACCUGCCUCAACUACGCCCAGGCGAUGAAACUUGAAAAGCAACGUCUACACCUGGAAAAACAUGGCCUAUAACCUGUACUAGAAAAUAUAUUUUGUAUUGACAAAUUAAUAAAUUAAAAAGUUUCAUGUCC